AUGUCCAACUCCACAACACUUUUUACAUAUGAACUCAAUGACUUUACUGUGUGGGAUGCUGCCAACAUCUUGGAGUAUGCUACAUCUCAAUUUGCCGUGAUCUGGCUUGUAUGUGACUGGAGCCAUGUGCCUCAGAUGCCAGCUUACAAAGCCAGCUUUGUCCAGCACCUUCAAUGGGAGGCAGAUGUGAGUGCCUCUUCGCAUUUUGUUUUUCCUUAUAUCAACUUAUGUCUGGUGAUGAACAUUCAUCCAACCAUGCCCAACCUCCUCCGCAUCGUCAUUGCCAAAUUUGCCCACUUCCAAACCAGCACCAUCAAUACCAAGGAACUGCACAAUGAAAUCUUCACAUGCUGCUCUCCCAAUCACCAAGAACUAUGGUCCAAUCACCAAGUUGUUUGUAACUAUCCCCAUGAUUGGUGGAAGGAUCACUUCAACAGGUUAGGGUUCGAGCUCCCAAUCUUGACUAUUCAGGAGCCGAUUGGAGCCAUGCUCAUGCCAGGUCCUGCUGUGACCAGUCAGGUGGAUGGUGAUCCCCUCUUCAAUCAAAUUGUGGCGGUGAGGGCCCAUCUCCAACACCUUGGCGAGGCGAUGGCCUCUUUGCUGGAGCAGAAGAUCCAGAUUGCUGCAGCAGCCACUUCCACUAUAUCCCAACUUGAGGCGCUAAUUGAUGAGGUGAAGCAGGCGCUCAUUCAUUCCCAUAGGCGAUUUGGCAUGGACCAGUGA